AUGGCAUCCACCAAAGCAUCGAAAGAGCAAAAAUACGACCGGCAGCUCAGGCUGUGGGGUGACCACGGCCAGGAAACACUGGAAAAUGCACACGUGUGUCUCAUAAACGCCACGGCGACGGGAACGGAGAUACUGAAGAACCUCGUACUUCCAGGUAUUGGAGCAUUCACCAUAGUAGAUGGGCACACAGUCACAGGUGAAGAUGUUGGAAACAACUUUUUCCUCAGCAAAGACAGCAUUGGAAAGAACAGAGCACAGGCUGCCACCGAACUGCUGCAAGAGCUGAACAGUGAUGUCUCUGGAAACUUUGUCGAGGAGGGUCCAGAUAAGCUUUUGGACAACGAUUCAGAAUUUUUCCACAGGUUUACCAUAGUCAUUGGUGUCCAGCUACCAGAAAGCACGUGUUUGAGGCUCGGCUCAGUUCUUUGGAGUGCCUCUGUACCUUUCCUAGUCUGUAAGACCUACGGCCUCAUUGGCUACAUGAGACUGGUGGUGCAGGAGCAUACAGUGAUUGAAUCUCACCCAGACAAUGCCUUGGAGGAUCUAAGGUUGGACCAACCCUAUGCUGAAUUUCAGAACCACAUUAAGUCAUAUGAUCUUGACAGCAUGGAGAAGAAGGAUCACAGUCACACACCGUGGAUAAUCAUUGUUGCUAAAUACCUGGAGAAAUGGCUCAGUGAGCAUAAUGGUCAGCCACCAAAAAACUACAAGGAGAAGGAGGCCUUCAGACAGCUCAUUCGGGAAGGGAUCAGGAAGAAUGAGAAUGGUGUCCCAGAGGAUGAGGAAAACUUUGAGGAAGCUAUUAAGAAUGUCAAUACUGCUUUAAAUCCUACCAAGAUUCCUAGCGCUGUUGAAGACAUCUUCAAUAGUGAGCAGUGUAAAAACAUCACAGCACAGAGUCCGUCCUUCUGGGUGAUGCUGCGAGCUGUCAAAGAAUUUGUUCACAACGAGGGAAAUGGAAGCCUACCCGUACGAGGAACCAUACCUGACAUGAUUGCAGAUUCUCAGAAGUUUAUCAACCUUCAAAAUGUUUACAGGGAAAAGGCCAUGCAGGAUGCAGCAGCUGUUUCUAAACAUGUAGAAUCUCUGUUACAGUCUGUUGGAAAGCCAGCAGAAAGCAUUCCUGAGAAGGACAUCAAACUGUUCUGUAAGAAUGCAUCCUUUCUGCGGGUGGUGCGCUGCAGGUCUCUGGCUGAAGAAUAUAGUGCGGAUACAGUAAACAAAGAUGAAAUCACCUCCUGCAUGGACAGUCCAGAUAGCGAGAUGGUCUUCUACCUCAUGCUUCGAGCUGUUGAUCGUUUCUAUCAGCAGCACUCUCGCUACCCAGGCGUUUAUAACUACCAGGUGGAGGAAGACAUUAGCAAACUGAAGGCCUGUGUGAACAGCCUACUGCAGGAGUACAUCCUCAAUGUCAACAUCAAAGACGACUAUAUCCAUGAGUUCUGUCGAUAUGGAGCGGCAGAGCCACACACAGUUUCUGCAUUUUUGGGAGGAUCAGCUGCUCAGGAGGCCAUAAAGAUUAUCAGCCACCAGUUUGUGCCAUUUAACAACACUUUCAUUUACAAUGCAAUGUCACAGACGUCAGCCACGUUGCGCUUGUGAGUACGAUUACUGAAGCUGCUUACGGAAAAUAUGAGAGAAAAAUGGCACAAGGAUAAGCAGGAGUGUAAGAGAUCAAACUGUAAAACUGGACAUUGGGAUUUGAUUUUUACUAACAUGCAUAUGCUUAAACCUAGAAGUGCUUCUCACUGAGAAGAAGCAUUUUAGACUGAACUGUCAGUUCAUAGUGUUUCAGCUUCUUCUCAAAGUUCUUAAAAUGCGGGAAAUCAAGAUAUCACCCAUCACAUACUUUCUGUUAAGCAGACCUUUAAGCCAGAAAUGAAACUGUCAGAUUCCAAACCUCAAUGUAGUAUUUUCAUCUGAAAUUCAGCAUUUAUGGAUGAGGUAUUACAGUGUAGUGGCACUUUGUAUACAUUAGUCACAACUGUCUUAUUGUAUUUGGAACAAGCAAUGUAAAACUUGUAGUGUUGAACUGUCUUGUAUUGCGAUAAAACAUUAAACAAUUUAUUUGAUGUGU